AUGAAUCUGCGGUCCAUGCAGGCUUCUCAGAAAACUCAACGCCAGUUCUGCGUCUUUGAGUUUCGGGUUCUGCUUGCAGAUGGCGAAGUACUCGGUGUCGGAGAUGCGGGUGGUGGGGAUGGCGAUGUAGCCUGCGUCGAAGAUUUUGGCCUAGGUGGUGGUUUGUUCGGUGGGGGCGAGCAUGGUGGAUGGUGGUGGUGA